GUGUACAGUAUUCAUCAGUGUGCGGAGAUGUCAGGUCUGAUUAUGAUAAAGAGAUGUCUGCCAGCUUACCUGAUGCUCCUGUGGAUGCUGACCAACAUCUCUGAGUCCAGACUGUAUGUCUUCACCCCUACUGUGGUUACACUAGAGAAAAACUCUCAGGCAAAUAUCACCUUUACUUCCAGUCUCCCUGUCAACCAGUCAGCUGUGAUUGAGUUUAAUGUAACCUACAGCUCCAAAAGGAACUACUCAUCUAUAAUCACACUGCCUGGGCAGGUUUUGCUUCCAGCAGACACAACCUCAGUCACCUUUAAUGUGACUGCCCAUGAUGUGGGUCAGGUGACUACACACCUGCAGAGCAACAACACAGACCUGAACAGUUCAUCCAUCAGGAUCCGCUUUAUGGUUGUCCAUAGCAACAUCCUUUCUGUGAUCAGCCAGGUGGUUGGCUGGAUUUACUUUCUCGCCUGGUCCGUGUCCUUCUAUCCACAGGCCUGGGAAAACUGGAGGAGGAAAAGUGUUGUAGGUCUCAACUUUGAUUUCCUGGCUCUCAACCUGACUGGCUUCAUCUCAUACAGUGUCUUCAAUAUAGGGAUGUUCUGGAUUCCUUAUACCAAGGAAGAGUUUCUGAAGGAAAAUCCCAAUGGAAUCAACCCUGUUGAUGCUAACGACGUCUUCUUCAGUCUCCAUGCUGUCCUGCUCUGUGUGAUAUACACCAUCCAGGCUGCUGUGUAUGAGAGGGGCAGUCAAAAGGUGUCUUGGACAGCCCUGUUCUUGUUGCUGAUUGGCUGGACUUUUGCCUUAAUUAGCUUGUUUCUUGCCGUAGCCCAAAAGAUCACCUGGUUGGAAUAUCUCUACUUUUUCUCCUACAUUAAACUGGGAGUCACUCUGACCAAAUAUGUACCACAGGCAUUCAUGAACUACAGAAGACAAAGUACCGAGGGGUGGAGUAUUGGCAAUGUGCUGCUGGACUUCACUGGUGGAGUCUUAAGUAUUCUUCAGAUGAUCUUACAGUCUCACAACAAUGAUGAGUGGAAGCUGAUAUUUGGUGAUCCUACAAAGUUUGGCCUUGGACUUUUCUCUGUGGUGUUUGACAUCAUCUUCAUGACGCAGCACUACUGCCUCUACCGGCAGCCACCACAGUACGAAGCUAUUAGAGAGCAACAAGAAGACUGACGCUGACGCCAUGCUGAUUUGUUGGACUGUCUUUAAACACAACCACAAGGGAGAACAUGACAGAUUUCUAUCAGCCAUCGUAAAAUGAAAACAGCGACAACUGAUUGAGCACCAUCAGGAUAUGCUUCUCCAGAGCGGUUAUAUAAUGUGUGCCUUUUUAAUGUCUCCACUUCUGCACUUUAUGUAAUGAUAAAAAGUCAAAUCACUUUUUAUUAAAUGGAAUAUCCCAGCUGUAA